AAGUUUGCUACUUCUUCUUCGUGGUUUCAAGUUUUCAGAUCUCUACUCUGUGUUUUCCCACCUCGCUCUCUGAGUCUUGUGCUGCUGUUUUUCUUGCUCUUGUGGUUCCUGUGCGUGCGUUUUCUAUCUUGCCCAAGGAUUGUCACACACUCUCCCUCUCUUUUGUUUAGAUUUUUUCUGUAUUUGCUUUGAGGAUAUUUCUGGAACGAUCAGUAGAUGGACAACAUGUCGAAGGAAGAGAUUCAUACUGUUCGAGUGAGUAACGUGUCGUCCAAGGCGACGGAGCACGACAUUCAGGAUUUCUUUUCUUUCUCAGGGGAGAUUGAGCACAUCAAGCUUCUCAAGGAUGGUGAGCUGUCUCAGAUUGCGUUUGUUACGUUCAAGGAGGCUCAGGCUUUAGAAACAGCUCUUCUACUUUCUGGAGCCACUGUUGUAGAUCAAGCAGUGACUAUUGCUCCUGCGGAUGAGUCGGAGAAACUUGCUAGAGAUGUUGAACAAGUCUCUUUGGAUGCGACCACUGCUGAGCCUACUGAUACCACCGCCACCAAACCUGCCACAAAGAGCGCACAAGAAAUUUUUCAAAACAUGUUAGCAAAAGGAUACGUACUUGGGAACAAUACUAUGUCAAAGGCUAAGGCUUUUGAUGAAAAGCACCAACUGUCAGCCAACGCUUCUCAAAUAGCAGCAAAUGCAAGGGCCAAUGUUGUUUCUAUUGACAACAAAAUAGGUAUCACUCAGAAAUUGAGCGCUGGCACUGCUGCCAUCAAUCAGCAGGUGAAGGCUGUUGAUGAAAAAUACCAUUUUGCGGAGAAGACCCGAGCAGCUGUUCAGGCUACUGAACAGAAGCUCAACGCUGCAGGCUCAGCUAUUGCAAAGAACAAGUAUGUUCUUACAGGCACAACAUGGGUUGUUGGUGCGUAUGCCAAGGUCGCCAAAGCUGCUGAGGAGGUGGGUCAAAAGACUUUAGAGAAAGUGAGUACCUUUGGUGCAAGCGAACAGAAGACAGUCGAACAGAAGUCUUCACCAAAAGCAACUACAGAGACUUCUACCUCUGAUGACACAGAUCGGAACUCAAGAGUGUCCCCUCCAACUGAUGAUUCACAACCAGAGCCUGAUGGAAAGCCCACUGUUGCCAAUUGAGGUGCCAUGCCUCCAUGAUAGUUACAGUUGAGGCGAUACCAAUGCUUCUGUGAAGCUGCUGAGUAAAAUAGAUCACUUACCUACCUCGGAGAAGUCUACUUGGUUAAUGCUAAAUAAGACAGGAAUUGUGGUCUUAAGUUACUGUGGUUGUAUUUGCUGUGAAGAUGCGUAUUCACUGGCGGAGGGUCCAAAGAGAAGAUAUUGUGAAGCCUGUUUCUUGUAGUAAAUGUAUUUGUGGGGUUCAUUUUCUUUUAUACAGUUAAGUUACACUCUAGCAGUUCAGAUUAGGAAUUAACUGGAGCAUAUAGAACGUGAUCUAGAACUCGUUUUUAGGCGGUUGGUUGUAAAUGUAGACAUCUGAUUCUAGCCUAUACUCAUUGAAUGAUCACAUGUGGUGCCGUGCAAAUUUUCAUUUCUUACAAGUAUGGUACAUGAUCUUGUUCCAGAUUAUGGUGAAAUCUGCA